CCAAGCCUAGACCAUGCUGAAGAGUUCCCAAAUACCACGAAACAGCUGUCCAUGGUUGGCCGUAUGUGGUUAGAUGAACGAGAGCUGUAUUACUAGAAAAGCACUACGUUUUAUGUUCAGUGUGCUUGUCAUCGAUUUGAAAAUGUGCAGUGAAACGUACUUCGUGGUUCUCCAAAGCGCUGAAGCAUGAGGAUUCACAAUGGGGAAGAAUGCUAGUAAAUUGAAGAAAAAAUCUAGUAUAAAUAUAAAGAAAUCGUUAGGACUUAGAUCGGGAUCAUAUGGAGGAUGGUCCAAUAAUUCCACGUUUUCUUCCAUUAAAUACAGCCUUGUUUUUCGGGCUGUUUGCGAGCUGGCAUUGUCUUGAUUUGUCCUGGCCCCGCUUCGGUUCCCUCCCCUUGCGCGCCAGCAAGUACCGCCUCCAACAUAAUGCCACGCCCAUCAUCACCAAAGACAGCCUUCCAGCUCCGCCCAACAGUGCGCCGCCUACCGGUCAUCGGGGCAAACACAAGGAUAUCGACGUAUGGUUGCGCGACCUUGAACUGGAGGAGUACAAGGCGGCGUUCGAGAAGUUCUCUGGAGUGGAAGAAUUAUUGGAGCUGUCAGAGAGGGAAGUCAAGGAGUUGGGGGUGAAGAAAGCGUCGCACCGGGCAAGGAUUGUCACAAGUUUAACGUGUCUGAGGGCUAAGUAUCAUGAAACCAUUCCCAGAAAGGCCUCAUCACGUCAUAGUGUUGCUGUGGACAGUAGGCAUAAGAUACGCAGAGAAGAUACCUU